AUGGGAUCUGGGGCUGCCAGGAAAAGAGCCUCCCGCCAAAAAUCCCGACAAGCUGCGCCUACAACAUCUCAAGUCGCAUCAUGGGGAUCCUCUACUUCGAAAGCUCCAAACUUGGAUUCAGGCUCGCGCACACAAUUACUACAAGGCUGGAACUCGUUCUCUAAUCAAGAUCAGUUAUUCACUCUGAGCCAAGAAGCUCGCAAUACCCACAGGUCAGCUUGGAAGGACUCCAACCGACUCCGGGACACUGCUAUCCAGUUUGUGAGUGGUGGGAACCUGCACCAGGACAAUCCGAACCGAGAGGAGAAAGAGGAGGAGGCUGAUGCGGAACACUACGAAAAUGCGCCUGAACAAAUAAAGAACGUGCCGAUGCCUUUAACAAAUCAGCCCAACGAGCAGACACCUUUUAUGAACAAGGAGGAGGUUGUAGGCGCCAGCAUAGAAGUGGAAACUGUCAUAACAGAGCAAGCCGAGCAGGGUGGCUUCCCUGAUGCGAACCGAAACCCUUCCUUUGUGCGAACACGGUCAAUUUCUGCCUCAUCAACAUCCUCCAGUGAAGUCAUACUGUUCGCAGGCCGCGGCAACCAUCAGAAAAAGAAAAGGAAAUCCCCACCUCCAUCAAUGCCUGGGUGCGAUGGUGCACAGGCGUCCUCAGGAUCAAGACUAAAGGAUGACAGCUCUUCCCCUAAGAGAUUACCAGCUAAUCUUCCAUCACGAUUGAAGCCAGAUGCCACAGAAUUCGUUCCAACUCAGCUCACUGAGUCUGGUCCCAGGUACUCUUUAAGAACGCAAGACGUGGUAGGGUCGACCAGCUUCCCCAAGGAUGUAAGUGGUUCAACCAAUCAUUCGGACCAAAAACGCUCGAAGGGUCGACCAAGGCGAGAUCAGCGAACGUUUCUAGAAAGUUACGACCACGAGGAGGAGAUCAUACGUGAUUACAUUGAGAACAUUAAAGAGAACCAAAGCACAGAGGAGGAUGCGUCUUCGGAUUCGAAUGAACACCCCGACACUAGAGAAUCCGGCCUACAUGAUGGUAAAGCCCAAACUGGCAAUUCAGUGCCUGAGCGGAAGAGUCAAAGCAAGAGUCUACGCGAUGAAUGGAGUUCUGAUGACUUGCGCGACUUCGAUGAACUAGAAACCUCAGAAGACGAACUGACUGAUCCAGGCGGAGUGUUCUCUCGCAGGGAACGUCCAAGUGGUCGUCAAUACCUCGUCACCCCCAAAGGCCAAAGCACAGACUUUGCAAAAUGGAUUCUUCAAGAAAAGCUGACCUCCACCGUCGCAAGAGAGCUCAUUAUUGCUUUCGAGGAAACACAUGUUGGAGAACCAGAUGAAAGCGAGAAGGAUAUUGAUGAUGAGGACGACGAAGGCGAUUGGGACGUUUCAUCAAGUGACGAUCCGGAAAACGAAGCCCUAAACGACCUGAUACGCGACCACGACUCCGAACAUAACGAGAACGAACGCAUCCUAGAACAUACAUCUCGAAUGACAGAUGCCGACCUGGCACGCAUCCUCAACAAGCAAGCAGAGCUAGGUAUUGAGACAGACGAGAUUGUUCUGUUUGAUGGCGCCCUUGAAGAAUCCCAAGACUUCAUCUCCUUCUCAGCCAAAGCCCACACCUCAAAUCGCACCCGCUCGAAACAAAACCGUCGCUCAAAAGGCACAUUCCCCUCUGCGGAAGCAUUCGCCGACGUCCUAGACGAAGACCCAUACAAUGGCUUUGACGUCAUGGACUUCGAUCGUCCGAGCCUGAAACCGAAAAAGAGAGGUCGAAAAUCCGCCAACGGUCUGCCCUUCGAGCUCGAGGACGACGAGCUCGCAGAUCAACUGGCUCAAUCGUGGGCGAAUGAUCGCGCAAAGAAAGCUAUGAAGAAAGUGGAACGAGAAGAGCUCCGUCAAGCCGGACUUCUAGGCGCUAAAUCUAGGAAGGGUAAUAGGAUUGAUCUGCAGACCAAGUACAAGAAUAGCGGCAUGGAUAUGGAUCAAGUCAAGGCCGAGAUUAGAACGUUCUUACUGGACGACGACCGGGAGUCUCUGGCGCUGGCUCCUAUGCAAAGCCCGCAGAGAGCUCAGGUCCAUCUGUUAGCGAAGGCGCUGUAUCUAAAGUCACACUCGCAGGGCAAGGGCGAUACCAGAUUCCCGAUUUUGACCAAGACAGACUUCUCCGGCAGAUAUGAUGAAGACAACAUCUCGCAAAUCGAUGCCUUGCUCGCCAAGCGGAAAUUCUCGACCUACUGGGGCAAGAAAGACAGGACGGCUCCUAAGUCGCGAGGUGGUGGGAAAGCGAGAAGAAGCGGUGGAGGUGGUGUUGCUGCAGGCGCAUCUUACAUGGAUGGAGACGUGGUGGGAGCGUCGGCGCCGGAGUUGGGCAGUGAAAAUCGUGGCAGAGCGAUGCUGGAGAAGAUGGGUUGGAGUUCAGGGAUGGGGAUCGGGAAGGUGGGGAACAAGGGAAGGGUGGAGGUUAUUCAGCAUGUCGUGAAGAACACAAAGGCCGGGCUGGGAUGA